AUGCAUCAACAAAUUUUGGUGUUUAUAUAUGAUGAAAGCAGGGUUUUGCAAGAGUAUAGUGAGAGAAUGCGAGAGAUGGGCAUCCAAUUGCUUAGAAGGAUCUCAAAAUCUCUGGGGCAUGAAGAAUGCUACAUAGAAAAGAAAAUGAAGUUGGAAUCUGGCUACAAUAUUUUGGGACCAAAUUUCUAUCAAUCUCUGUCGCGUUGCUCGGAUGAUAAGAAUCAGAUUGGGCAGUUUCCUCACCAAGACCCUGUUUUGCUUGUGCUCAUCGCACAAAACGUGGGUGGGGGGCUUCAGAUUAAGCACCAAGGGAAGUGGCUCAAUGCAGAUUUUUCUACUAGUUCCAUUGGUGUCCUUGUUGCCGACAAUAUAGAGAUUCUUACCAAUGGGAAGUACAAGAGCUUGUUGCAUCGGGUGGCUUUAAACACAACAGUGGAAAGGUUGAGUUUACCCUUCUUCUUUGAACCAUCAUUGGACGCAACUGUGAAGCCUGAACCAAAGUUUGUAGACGACCGCAACCCACCCUCUUAUCGUCAAAUGACUUACAAAGAAUACUUGGAAUCCAAUUCUCAGUACCAUGUGAUCGAAGCAAAAGCAAACUUGAUCAAUGAGGCUCUGCUCUAGCUAACACCAAACGAA